AUGGACGGUGAAACUGCACUUUUGGAUGAGUACAACUCAAAUUUGGCGUCUUCCAGUUCGGCAUCAGAUGUCGGAGAACGAACAAACAUGGGAAGGAAUCAUCAUAUGACUACAGAAUUCAAUGAAGCCACCAACGGAUUUCCAUCCUGUUCGCGAUAUCCAUACGAAAUGCCCCAUGGAAAUGGUCAUGUCACUGUUACCCAGCCUGGAUCCUCACAGCAUCCGGAUCGUUUAGAAACAGCUGUGGACAUCAAUGACGGUGAUACUGAUAUUGAAGAGGAAUUAUCCCAUUCGUGUAAACAAGUUAUCGUCCCCUCAAAAUCACAGGUUCUUUUCUACGUGUCAACGUCGACUCAUCUGAAGUUGAAUCACCAGGGAUCCGAGUUGCAGGUCACAGAUCCAUCCGACUUUCCACUUUUGGACAUCUGGUCCGAGAAUGUUUGCGAUGAAGCCCCAUUUUGGAUCAUCGAGUCAUACGGACGUCGAGUAGCAGUUGUGACAGAUACAGCUCCUCGUUCUCUGCUCUCCUUCUUUCUUCCAUUUUUACGACCAAGACGGGCGGUUCCAACUUUUUCAAUUAUUGACUGGAAUGGAGAGGUUUUGGGAUAUUAUUCGCUUGGAAGUGACGGAAUCGAAAUUCAAGACACUCGACACGAACCAAUCGCGAAGGCUUUCUGUGAACCGGAUCCGUCUGGAGGAUCCACGUGGCGAGUAGUCUGUGAAAAGAAUUCUCAACGACAGCUGGCGAUUUUGACUCCAGAUGGACGACUCUCGUUUUCUUCUGAAAUUGCUCUUCCUCUGAAACUUCUUGUCAUAUGCACAUUGAGUCGAGCAGUGGUUAAUCGAACAUCUCCUUCUUGUUUUCCAUUCUUUCGAUAA